CAUUUGACGCUAACUUGCACGUCCAGAGCAAUAGGACGCACCGCACGACCUUAGGAGGUGCAAGCUCUCAUAUGAGAAAUCCCUCACCUGCCUGAGCCUCUAUCCUGCAAGGAUGGCAACCUAUGAACCGCCACGCUCACCAGGAAGCCGCCGCGUCCGGCGACACGCAAUGGGUGUCAGCAACGCGAGUUCAAUUGACGAGUGCGAAGCAUCCUCCAGCGCAAGGAGCACCGUCACGCUGAUCCAAUCGGGGAGGCUUGUAAGAUUGCAGCCACAUGAAAGGCCCACGGACUCCGUUGCACGGGAGACCCGUACGGAGGACCGUCCCAUUGUGGACAAGGUGCACGACAAGCUGUUCAAGGCGCAUCGUGAGCGCUUCGUGCAUAAGGUGCUGCGCAGCUACGCGCAGGACGACAGCGGUCUGCUCACACCCGACCAGCUGCGCUCGGCGCUGGACCGGCUGCACACGGGGCUGGAUGCGGCGGAAAAGGAUCGCAUUGUGGCGCGUGUGGCGCCGGCGCAGCAUGGCAAGGUGCACUAUAUGGACUUCAUCCGCUCUUUGGAGAGCCCACAGCCGCUGGGCGGCCCAGGCCUGGGCGUCGGGUUCCCGGGUGUCACCCCGCAGCGGGCGGCGGCUGCCGGCACCGCGCCCACUUUCUGGAACUGGCAGCGCCACAAGAAGCAGCAUGUGCCGGGGCUUCUAGAAGAGGUGCGGGAGGGCACGUUCGAGCAGGCGCAGAGCGACGCGCUGCUGACCAGCCUCAUGUCCACCAAGCUCAACCAGUACCGCGACAAGCUGCGGCUCAUCUUCAGGCAGAUGGACGGCAACCGCAACAGCCUCAUCGACCGGGAGGAGUUCAUACGCGGGAUUGCCAAGCUGCGCAUCAAUGUGAGCAAGGCGCAGGUGGAGCGGCUGUUCGACCUGUGCGAUGUGGACAAGAGCGGCGAGCUUGACUAUGAGGAGUUUGUGAACCGCUUUGAGGAGAACGGGCUGGCCAGCGCUGCUCGGAAUCAGACGCGCGCGCAGCCACAGCAGCCCGACGGCGCGCCCGCCACCGUGCCCCUGGCUCAGUCGCUGGGCCUCACACAGGAUGAGGUGGCGGGCGCGCUGUCGCACCCCAUGGUGCACGAGUUGGCCCGCAGCCUGUACGGCAAGGCCAGCGGCGCCACAUCCGUGUUCGUACGCAACGACCUCACGCGCUGCGGCCAGCUGCCCGUGCGCGACAUGACGCGGUGCUGCCAGGCGCUGGUGCCGGGCAUCUCGGAGCGCCAGGUGGCAGCGGUUAUGGCGGUUGUGGAUCCGAACAGCGCAGGAGGCGUGGACUACCGCGCGUUCGUACAGAAGUUGACAGAGACUGGCGUGGCCAACCCACGCAUGCUGCACAGCGCGCCGGCACGGGGCGAGGGCUUCACUGCCACGGGCGCGCUCACGCGCUUUGGCGAGGGCGGCUCACUCACCGCGCCGGACGCGCUGCCGUCGGCCGGCAGUCGCUCGCUGAGCGCGGUGGGCACCUGCCGCAGCCCUGGCGGCAGCGGCACGACAGUGCUGCCCAUCAGUGCGGGGCUGGGUGUAGUGCUGCAGCCCGGAGGCACGCUGCCGCCUGGCGCCGUGACCACCCGGCCGGCUGCGGACCGCACCUCGCUUGACGACCUGCACGACGUGUGCGUGGCGCCCUUCCUGGAGUCCCUGAGCCGCGCCGGCAACAACGACCUGCCGGCACAGCACGACAACAACAACAACAAUGGAGGUGCAGGAGGUCCAGCCACCUCACUGCCGUCGGUCACGCGCAGCAUCGACAUGGGCACCCUUAGCCGCUCCGCCUCCCUGCCCAACGCGCACGGCGGCUCACCAACACGAUUUGGAGGCGCCGGGGGUGGCGGCGGCUUUGGUGGCACCGCGGCGGGGCUGUCGGCAACGGGCUCCAAGGCGCCCACGCACGCCACGGGCCGCUUCUCCCGUUUCUGGGACAGGCGCUACGCCGACACCAGCCACAUCACCAGCGUGGACCCCUGCAGCGCCUCCUAUGCGCCCAGCGAGGGCACCUACGUGCGCAAGGGCUGGGGCAGCGGCGACGCCAGCUCCGACUUCCUGACUUACCAGGGCGCGGACCGGGACCAGCGCGCGCGGCAGCGGCAGGCUGUGGCUGUGCGCACCACUGCGCGGUCCGAGGUGGAGGCCAAGCUGUCCGGCCUGGACGACGCCAGCGGGCUGGACGACGGGCGGCUGCAAGUGGCUCGUGCUACCAAGCAGCGGUACGAGGAGCGUGCUGAGAUGUACGACCGCACACGGCAGCAGCAUGAGGGCGGAUCCUGCAUCUUUGGCCGUCUGCCGCCCUUCCACGAACACCAGCUGGAGGCGGCCAACACCCCCGCGCGUGUCUUCUGGUAGACGCGGCGCUCUGGUGAUGGGCGGGCAGAUGGUGUUGGGGGAUACGGCGUCGGCUUGAUUGUGGUAUUGCGGUGGCUGCUGUGCGUGGUAAAGUGGUAUAUAUGGACAGCAUCCGAUCUCUGUAUGCGAGACCGCGGGUGAUGCCACGGAUGGGAGGCGAGCCAGGAUUGGGUCGGUGGGUCGCGCCCAUAUUGGACUCACGCGACCCACAUACAUAGUAUCAUGAAGGGCAUAGCUAACACCCGCUAAAGGGAUAGGCACCAGGCCGCCCAGCUGGAGGGCCGGUUCGGCAGCGGCAAGGAGACGGCCGCCCAGCUGGAGGGCCGGUCCGGCAGCGGCAAGGAGACGGCCGCCCAGCUGGAGGCCGGCGCCGGGCCGGCCGCAAGCGCCUGAAGAAGACCAACCCGGUCUACUACUCGGGACGCGCCAUGCAAUGGGGGUGCCGGAAGUGGAUCAUCACGAGGAGGUGGUCGCGCAGCCCAGAGGGUCGGUCGUGGUGCGGUGCAAGCACUGCCAGACGACCACCUCAGUCAGCAUUAAGAAGUGGGGCCUGAAGAAGGUGAAGGAGGUGAUUGACCUGUGUGACAGUGAGUAGCGUGCCGGUAUCAUACUUGUGCUAGUACAAGAGCUACUUGGCCUGCAUGAGACCGACGCUGCCAGUGGCACGUGGGGAUGAGGUGAUUACAGAUCCCUGCGAAGGGACGCUGUCGGAAGGCACAGCAUUAAUAUGGCGGCUAUCGAACUGGUCAACUGGCAUACCACGGAAAUAGGGGAGGAAUGCGGCGUGGAGCUUACGCGUGCAAAAGGGCACACGCAGGAUGAAGGCCGGCUCGGGCCUUUUACGGAAAUCGUGGCCUUUUGCGUACGAUGUGCUUAGUACUGCGGACAGGCGCCAUCCUGCAAAAGCGGAUGCCACAUGGGCACAGGACUGCAAUUCAUGAAGUACGGACUGAGUCGCAAUAACCGCUGGGCCGUAAACAGUAGAUGCAAAGGGCCUGGAUAUCUCUGUAAUUGUAUACAUGU